AUGCCCCCAAGGUCCUCUACAGCACUUCCGUGGCAGGCGUACUACAGAACCCUGACUUGCAAUCCAACACUCUACCCAUCCCUGUCACUGCAUUCGAUCUCAACCAAGAAUCUUUCAGUCGUCUGCGCUGUGCCGGUUCCCGCACGUACACCUUCACACACCCGUUCUUUUUCUCACACCUACCGCGUUCGUUCGGCCACCUCUUCAGUCAUGUCGCAAAUCGAACGCAUCACAGAGAGCCUGGAGAAGCCAGAGCUUGACGAUCGGUCAUAUCGUGUCAUUCGGUUGCCCAAUAAGUUGGAAGCCCUGCUGGUUCAUGAUCCCGAUACCGACAAGGCCAGUGCUGCGGUCAACGUCAAUGUCGGCAACUUCUCCGAUUCAGGUGAUAUGCCGGGGAUGGCUCAUGCAGUCGAGCAUUUGCUAUUCAUGGGUACAAAGAAGUACCCCAAGGAGAAUGCCUACAAUCAAUACCUUGCCGCUCACUCGGGCCUGUCGAAUGCGUACACCGCCGCCACGGAGACAAAUUACUUUUUCGAGGUGUCAGCCACCGGCGACUCCAGCCCAUCCACGUCAACAGCCCAAAGUACUCCAGCGGGAUCAACGGACGGAGGUGGUCAAGCUGUUAAUGGGGCGUCCUCAGGCAGUGCCGGAAGCUCGGACGACAAGUCUCCCCUCUAUGGGGCGCUGGACCGGUUCGCCCAAUUCUUUGUGUCACCACUCUUUCUUGAAUCCACGCUCGACCGGGAAUUGCGGGCGGUCGACUCGGAAAACAAAAAGAACCUGCAGAGUGAUCUGUGGCGGCUGAUGCAACUAAACAAGUCUUUGUCCAACCCAAAGCACCCAUAUCAUCAUUUCUCUACUGGUAACCUGCAGACCCUGAAAGAGGAUCCUCAGAAGCGGGGUCUCGAAGUCCGCAGUGAGUUUAUUCGUUUCUACGAAAAACAUUACUCGGCCAACCGGACAAAGUUGGUGGUUCUGGGACGAGAGAGUUUGGAUGUUCUCGAGGGGUGGGUCGCAGAGUUAUUCGCUGAUGUGGAAAACAAGGACCUGCCUCAGAAUCGCUGGGAUGACGUGCAGCCUUUCUCCGAGGAGGAUAUGUGCACGCAGGUGUUCGCCAAGCCCGUUAUGGAAUCGCGGUCUAUGGAUAUGUACUUUCCCUUCAUGGAUGAGGAGAAUCUCAAUGAUGUGCAGCCUAGUCGGUAUAUCAGCCACCUGAUCGGCCACGAAGGCCCAGGCAGUAUUCUUUCUCAUCUCAAGGCCAAGGGAUGGGCUAAUGGACUGUCCGCGGGGGCUAUGCCCAUCUGUCCCGGGUCUGCCUUCUUUACCAUCUCAGUUCGCCUGACUCCCGAAGGUCUCAAGCAGUAUCAGGAAGUCGCCAAGGUGAUCUUCGAGUACAUCGCUAUGAUCAAGGAACGGGAGCCGGAGCAAUGGAUUUUCGACGAGAUGAAGAACCUGGCCGAGGUGGACUUCCGUUACAAACAGAAGACGCCUGCCAUCCGUUUCACCAGCCGCUUGAGCAGCGUGAUGCAGAAGCCCAUGCCCCGCGAGUGGCUGCUCAGUGGAUCACUGAUGCGACGAUUUGACGCGGAUGUCAUCAAGAAGGCCAUGUCCUACUUGCGCGCCGAUAACUUCCGUCUGAUUAUCGUGUCUCAGGAUUAUCCUGGCGAGUGGGACCAGAGGGAAAAGUGGUAUGGAACCGAAUACAAGGUGGAGAAAAUCCCUCAUGACUUCUUGAGCGGAAUUCAAAACGCUUUGCGGUCUACGGAGACCACCCGCACGUCGAGUUUGCACAUGCCUCAUAAGAACGAAUUUGUCCCCACGCGCCUGUCGGUGGAGAGAAAGGAAGUCAGUGAGCCCGCCAAAACACCUAAGCUCAUUCGUCAUGACGAUCGGGUUCGGUUGUGGUUCAAGAAAGACGACCGCUUCUGGGUGCCCAAGGCUACUGUGCAUGUCACACUGCGCAACCCUCUGGUGUGGACGACACCUGUCAAUCUGAUCAAGACCAAGCUUUACUGCGAGUUGGUUCGUGAUAGCCUGGAUGAGUACUCGUAUGAUGCCGAGCUUGCUGGGCUAGACUAUCAUUUGUUCACAACCACGCUCGGUUUGGAGAUCUCGGUUGGUGGUUAUAACGACAAGAUGUCGGUGUUGUUGGAGAAAGUCCUCAAUACAAUGCGUGGACUUGUGGUUAACCAAGAUCGAUUCAGCAUUAUCAAAGAGCGACUAAGCCGAGCUUUCCGCAAUGCGGAAUACCAGCAGCCUUUCCACCAGGUGGGCGACUAUGACCGAUACUUGUUGUCUGAGCGCAGCUGGGUCAAUGAGCAAUACAUUGAGGCACUGGAGCACAUUGAAGCUGAGGAUGUCGUCAAGUUCUUCCCCUCCUUGCUGGAGCAGACUCAUAUUGAAGUACUGGCUCACGGUAACUUGUACAAGGAAGACGCUCUUCGCAUGACGGACAUGAUCGAGAAGGUUCUCGGGGGUCGCACCCUUCCUGCCUCUGAGUGGUAUCUCUACCGCAACAUGAUCAUCCCGCCGGGAAGCAAUUUUGUCUACCCGCGUACCCUGAAGGACCCUGCGAACGUCAACCACUGUAUCGGGUAUUACCUGCAUAUUGGACCUUUCUCGGACGAUGUCCUCCGUGCAAAAUUACAGCUGUUCGCACAACUCACGGAUGAGCCUGCCUUCGAUCAACUGCGAAGUCAAGAGCAGCUUGGGUACGUGGUAUGGAGUGGCUCUCGCUACAAUACCACUACCAUGGGGUAUCGGGUCAUCAUUCAAAGCGAGCGCAACGCCACGUAUUUGGAAUCUCGAAUUGAUGCAUUCUUGAGUCAGUUUGGGCAGACGCUGGAGAAGAUGUCUGAUGACGAGUUCGAGGGCCACAAGCGCAGCGUCAUCAAUAAGCGCCUUGAAAAGCUCAAGAACCUGAGCUCUGAGACGGGCCGCUUCUGGUCUCAAGUGCGCUCGGAGUAUCUGGACUUCUUGCAGCACGAGACGGACGCCGCCAGUGUGCGCGUUCUCAGCAAAGCGGAUAUGAUUGAAUUCUUCAAGCAGUACAUUGAUCCGGCAUCGCCCACCCGAGCUAAACUGUCCGUCUAUCUGAACGCCCAAUCUGACGCUGCAUCAACAGAGACGGAUCCUGCCCAGAAGCGGUCCACUCUGAUCGAGGCAGUGAAGAAAGAGCUGGAUGCCGCUGGGCUGGCUGUUAAUCAAGACACCUUGACCGCGGCAUUCGAGCAACUUGAUCUGGCAGUUGUGGAUAAAACCCAGAUUUUGUACCUUCUGAAGACAUUCUUGGCCACCGAGCUCCCUGACUCCGCGAAGCAAAAUGAAGCAGCGGUCAACGCGCUGGAAGUGAAGCUUGCUGCUCAGUUGAAGCAGCUUGGGUUGGAGCCGGAGAAGAAGGAACAAACAGAUGGUGCUAACGGCCAACUGACCAACUCCCCCGGACCCGUCAUUGUUGAGGAUGUGCGAUCGUUCAAGGCUCGCCUGCCCGUCAGCACUGGACCUGUCCCUGUGUCGGACCUGACCGAUUACGAGGACUUUGAAGCAAAGCUUUGA